AUGCGUCGUCAAACCUCGAUUGGCCAUCUGGCAAUCUUCCGCUCGCACCUCAAUUCCCCGCGGUUACUUGAGGGGGUCAACGCCCGUCCUCCGUGUCUCACUUUCCCCUCCCCCCCAUCCAGUGUUCCGUUCUCCGCAUCCCCGUCUGCGCGGCGACUUGGCUUUCGCAACCGCGCCCACUCCGUUCACCCACCCGUCUCGUUGCUCUGCGUGUCGGGCUCGGCUGCGCCUGUGCUCCCCAUGACCACCGCCGUCGAGAAGCGCGCCCGCGCCGCGCCCGACGCCUCGCCCGACGCCGCGCCCGACGCCGCGCCCACCGCCCCGCCCGCCGCCUUGGACCCGUCCUUUCCGCUCCAUGAAGACUCGGAGAGCAGCCAGGGCGAGCGCAUCGAGGCCAGAGGCAUGAAGGAGGGGGGGUACCACCCGGUUCAAAUUGGCGAUAGCUUUAAGAAUGGCGCGUACCGCGUACUUUGCAGGCUUGGCACGGGACACUUUUCCACCGUCUGGUUGUGUUUGGACACCACUAGACGGUCCCCGAGGCUGAGCCAGGCGCCCGGAAGCUCUUCCGCCGCCGGUGGCGCCAACCAUCGCGUCGUGGCCCUGAAAAUUCAGAAGAGCGCUCUGGACUACACCGAGGCGGCCAAGGAUGAGAUCAAGCUGCUGGAAGCGGUAAGACGGGGCGACCCGAACGCUCGCGCGCCUGUGAUUUCGCUUCUGGACCACUUUGAUCAUUACGGGCCCAACGGCAGGCAUAUUUGUCUGGUGUUUGACGUGCUGGGGAGCUCGCUGUUACGUCUCGUCAAGCGCUUCAACUACAAGGGCGCGCCGAUUUCUAUCGUGCGCACGCUUUCGAAAUGUAUUCUCGAGGGGCUGCACUACCUCCACGAGGAGGUAGGCAUUAUUCACACGGAUCUCAAGCCGGAGAACGUGCUGUUCGAGAUCCCUGAGGAGAUGGUCACUGAGAUAGAGCGACAGGCCGCCAUCUUUGGCGACAUUGUGCAGGAAAAGCGGCGGCAGGCGAUUCUGUCGGGGAAUUUUGUGGCGCCGGGCAGGAUGAAUGGACGGUAUGGGAGCGGAAGCAAGUAUAAGCGAAAUCAGAAAAAGCGAAUGAAGGCGCGGGCGAAGAAAGCGGGCACCGCUGCGGGACCAAAAACGACAAGUAGCGAGCAUGUUGGGGCUUCAAUUUCCGCGGGGAACGGAGAGGUGAGAGAAGGAGCAGAUGUGUUACCAGGUGGACAGGAUGAAGGGGUGUCGCAAAAGGGUGAGAAGGGGACGAGCAGCGGAAACAGCGGGAUAGUGGGGGAUCGGUUCGAGCUGAGCAGAAUCGUGGACAAGGACGUGAUGUUCUCGCGGGGCCUGGUGAAAAUUGCAGACCUGGGCAAUGCAUGUUGGACGGACAAGCACUUCACGGAGGACAUUCAAACGCGGCAGUACCGAUCGCCAGAGGUGAUCCUGGGGGCCAAGUUUGACAGCUCGGUGGAUAUCUGGUCUGCGGCGUGCCUUAUUUUCGAAAUGCUAACUGGGGACUAUCUGUUCGACCCGCACUCAGGGGUAGGAUACGACCGGGACGAGGAUCACUUGGCGUUGAUAAUAGAGCUUCUGGGGCCGAUGCCGCGGCAUUUGUCGAGACGAGGGGAGUUUUCGCGGGAGCUUUUCAACAGGCACGGGCAGCUACGACACAUCCGGAAGCUGGACUACUUUCCUCUGGUAGAAGUGCUGGAGGAAAAGUACAAAUUUUCAAAGGAAGACUCGAAGAUGGUUAGCGAGUUUCUAGAGCCGAUGCUGGCACUGGAUGGGAGCAAACGGGCCACAAGCAAGGAGUGCUUGGGGCACCGGUUCUUUGACGAGGAACGACGCAAGGACGUGGGGCACACGGACAGUGGGGCAGGGUCAAAGGACAGACGGUGA